AGACUGACACAACAGAGCUCAACAUAUACAAGAAACCUCCAAUCUACAGGCAGAAAGAGCACCACUCCAGCGCCCACCACGGGAAGCAUCUCAUAGAGGAUCUGAUCAUCGAAUCCUCCAAGUUCCCGGCGGCGCAGCCCCCGGAUCCCAACCAGCCUGCCAAGAUAGAGACCGACUACUGGCCGUGCCCCCCAUCCCUGGCUGUCGAGGAGACAGAGUGGAGGAGGCGGAUGGCCUCAAAGAGAGGGGAGGAGGAAGAGGAGGACCUGACAGAGGAGAUGAAGAACCUGCGGGAGCUCCAGAAGCAGGAGCUGAGCAAGAUCACCUCCAACCUUGGGAAGCUGAUCCUGAAGGAGGAGAUGGAGAAAUCUCUUCCCAUCCGGAGGAAAACCCGCUCUCUGCCGGACCGGACGCCUUUCCACACAUGCCUCCUGACGGGGACCUACAAGAGCUCCUCCCUGCCCGCCUCCGGCAGGAGCACCCUCACCCGGCUGCAGUCAGCAGAGUUCAGCUCAGCAGGCAGCGAGAAGAGCAGCCCUGGUUUGUCCCCCCAGAACGGCCAGCGUGGACGCAUGGAUAGAGGCAAUUCCCUUCCCAGCAUGCUGGAGCAAAAG